AUGCGUUCCAUUCUUCUUCUUCUUCUUAGAGAGUACUAUUGUCUUUGAGAGUAAGUAUGGUCAUGUCAGCGGCAAUUGCAGCUACCGUAGGUGGAAUAGCGGUUGGUGUCGUUGGUAUUGCUUGGCCAUUCGUCUCCUGGAGGGCUGUUGCGACUCUUGAAAAGCCAAAGUACGUUGUCCUGAAGGCACUUGGGCAGGAAAAAAGGUCCUUCUAUGACCGUGAGCCAGCCAUCACUGUCCGGCAGUAUGCCCCCUACCUUGUUGCAGAGGUCACUGCUGAGGGAAAGGACAUGCGAGAGGCUAUUUCAGAUGGCUUCCGCCAGGUGGCCAAUUACAUCUUUGGCAACAAUACAGCCAGCGGAUCUGAGGAAACAAGCGAGAAGAUUGCCAUGACAUCGCCAGUGUCUGCCGAAGAGGACUUCCGGAGUAUGAAAGGAGGGUCAGGAGAGAAGAUCGCCAUGACAUCACCUGUCACAACAGACAUGGAUGGAACCAAGUAUGUGGUGUCUUUUCUGAUGCCUACCAAGUAUAGGACCAAAGAGGAUCUGCCCAAGCCCAAAAAUCCCAACCUGCGCCUGCGGGAAGUUCCAGCCAGCAAGAUGGCUGCCAUAUCAUGGAGGGGAGGUGCGCGGCCAACGGAGCGCAUUGUGGAGUCCAAGAAACAGGAGCUGCUGUCAGCGCUCAAGGAGGCUGGCAUAGAAGUGGAGGAUGCCAGCCCCAAGCUCGCACAAUACUACCCGCCCUUUGCUCCACGAUUCAUUCGUUUGCAGGAUUUGCUGUUGCCAAUUAAAGACUAACUGGUGACAGUUGAAGACGAUGUCUUUUUACUCCCAGGUGCUGAAACGAACAAUUGUACAGUGUGGUAAGUCUAAGCCAGAUUCAUUUUGGGGUGGGUGGCAAGCUACAGCUUGCAAUCAAGCAAGUAAUUGCAAUUGACAGCU